AUGGUGGAUGCACUUGGUGACUUGCUAAUUGACCUAACAGGUGAUGGGCAAUGUGACUCUCCUGGCUACUGGGCCAAGUAUAUCACGCGCAUUGUGCUUGCCAGGCAUAAUGGCUGCAUUUUAAACACUGAUCUGGUGCAAGUCGGAGAGUCACCCGAAGUUCCCUACAGUGUCUCCACAGAAAAGAAAGGACUUGCUAAGUGCCUGACUGCUGUGGGGAAUCUAGGCAUCCACAUAAGCUCAUUCACAACAGAGGAGCUUUCAGCUGGUUCAGCUAGUAAUGACAGUUCAAAAAAGGAGUGCACAUCUGCUGAUAUGCUUGAAGCUGCCGUUGAAGAGGAGGUGGCAUUUCUGGUAGUCGGUUAUCCGUUUGGUGCCACCACGCACUCUGACCUGAUGCUUUGUGCUCACGAACGAGGUGUCAAGACGCAGGUUCACAACGCCUCUAUUCUGACAGCAGUCGGCUGCUGCAGCCUUCAGCUGUACAGCUUUGGUGAGACGGUAUCUAUCGUCAUGUGGACAGACACGUGGCAGCCACACAGCUACUACGACAAGAUUGCUUCCACCCCCCAGCGAGGUCUCCACAUGCUAAGCCUCCUCGACAUCAUAAUGAAAGAGAAGUCGAUAGAGAACCUCAUCAAAGGUCGAGACAUCUAUGAGCCACCACGCUUCAUGACAGUCGCAGAAGCAGCCUCCCAGCUGAUCGAGAUACUCCAGGUAAAAAAAUCUGAAGGCGUUCUUGCAUCAAAGUUACCCUAUGACGAAGACAGUGCCUGUGUCGGUCUGGCUUGUGUUGGUAUAGAAACGCAGCAGAUCCCACGUCGUUCUCUGAAGGACAUGUCAAACUGCGUCCUGGGGAGUCCCCUGCACAGCCUUGCUAUUCCUGGCAAGCUUCAUCCAAUGGAGAUCAAUAUGUUGCGGCUGUUGUUGAUGAAUCUGAUUUGGUCUGAAACUGUCUGCAAUGAGGGAAGCUGAUGAAUUUCACAUGUAAAGAUGAUCUAAUGAUAACUUGUUCCUGCUUAUCUCGUGGUGUUUCGAUGAAAUGGUCCAUUACCAGAUGAAGGAGAAGGAGGACGUGCACUCCUGUCCUAGUUCCUUUGUUUACUCACACGCUGUUUAUUAAAUGUGAGCUUCAAGCAGCUCACACAACUUAUUGUCUUGCUUCGGUACAUCCCUGGCAUCUGAUAGCAAUCUUCAGAAAUAGAACUAUGUUCUCUAAGUUGUCUCAUUUGUUUUGCGUUAGCUUACUUUGUGAUGUAUGACCAACACACCCAGGCUUCCACUAUAAGAUUGCCAAGUGCAUCAAUUCCCUGUGGCUGUUUUGUGUUGUCUUGUCCUUGCCGUAGAUGUCCUCUUGUUGGGCAAACAGCCCCUGCAGCAGUGCAGUAGCACUGCCUCAUGAGAGAGUGUUGGAAAUGUCUUUAUCAGGAACUAAACCGAUUAGGGUAGAAAUUCCUGAACAUUUAAAAACUGUGGGAA